AUGUCAACCCAUUUCGAGCAAACCAAACGCCACCUAAUAGGCGAGAUUGCGCAGUCGCUCUCCGAGACAGCCGAUCUGACUGGCGCCGUGGCAUCCAACGUGGACGCAUUGCUGGCGAGUGGCCAAGACGUGACUGCGCUGGCGGCUGCGUGGACGACCUUCCAGCGGACACUGGCGCUGUCGACCGCGUCGCUUGGUGCGGCUGCCCGUUCCCUGGCUCACUCAGAGCCCAUGGAUGCAUCGCAGUAA